AGCCCUGGAACAAAACAGAUUAGAAUUUGUUAAACUAUACGGAAUUAUCUGUAUUGUGUCAGCCCCCUAAAAUACAAAUCAAUCAGAAUCUAUAAACCCUCACCAAAAUCGAUCAAAGCGGAGCAGCUCCGGCACCGAUUGGCAACGAUAAGACCAGCACAGUAAGAGAAGAAGGAAGCAUCAGAGGCAAAGGCAUAGACAAUUGACCUUGUAAGCAGGCAAGAAAUAGCCAAUCUAAAAUGGCAGCACCUAAUAUUUCUGAUUUUGGAUCUGAACCAAAACCUCAACUGAUUUAUCGCUGUAAGAAAUGUCGAAGAAUUGUUGCCUCACAAGAGCAUAUAGUUCCCCAUGAGCGCGGUGAGGGUAAAAAAUGCUUCAAAUGGCGAAAGAGAGACAGCGACCCAUGGGAAGACGAUAAAGAGCCUCCCCAAUGUUCAUCCAUUUUUGUGGAGCCCAUGAAAUGGAUGGAAUCAGUACAAGAGGGUGGUGUGGAAGAGAAGAUUCAGUGCAUGGGUUGCAAAGUGCGGCUGGGUUCCUUCAACUGGGCGGGCAUGCAGUGCAACUGUGGAGCGUGGGUUAAUCCUGCAUUUCAGCUUCACAAAAACCGAAUAGAUGAAUGCAAUUUAUGAGUCGAUGUCUCAGGAAACUUCAAAUAGAUAGUUUAAGUGACAGCCGAGGAGUAUCUUUUCAGAUGUCCAUUGAUUGUAGAGAGUACUCAAAUCAAAAUGUCGAUAAUUCAAGUGCUUAGCUACUUGUGGAUGUGCUUGGACUUGUGAUGCUAAGUGGCUUCCUUAUACUUUUCAUUUGAAAAGUAAAAAUAGAUUAAAUUAUUAGAUACAAAAUACGAGCUUUGACCA